CUCCUCUCCUCCUAACACCCCCCCCCACAAAAAAAAAACCCAAGAAAACGAAACCCUAACUCCAGCCCUAGAUUUCUCCCUUCUUCUUCUCCUCGUCUUCCUCCUGUCCUUGGAUCUCUUUGUGCGGCAAUGGGAGGUUUUGAUGAGCAGAGUGGCGAUGGGGAUUGAAGAGAUCUGCGGCGAUGGGGAAAACCGAAGACGAGCAAUCCUUAUCCACCGCUCCUACGUCAUCAGAGGCUGCCGAGGGGAAUGCCGGUGGUAGCUGCCCCCAGUGCCGAUCGCUCGGCAAGAUCGUGCGGUCGCGGUGUGUUUUGGCAUUGGUUCUUGGUGUUGCCAUUCUGCUGCCGGCCGUGUUCUGGCUUCCCCCAUUCUUCCGGCAUAAUGGGAAUCUGAUGGAUCGGAAACGGGACCCGCUGUUUAAAGCUGAUAUACUAGCAAGUUUCAGACUGCAAAAGCCUGUAGCUCAGUUAAGUGCCAAUGCCUCAAAACUUCAAUAUGAUAUCUAUGAAGAAAUUGGUGUUCCUAAUUCCUUGGUGGUUGUAAGUUCUCUUGAACCUUUAGCUGGAUCAAAUUGGACAACCGUAGUGUUUGGCAUUUGGCCUUAUCCAAGAAAUUCAACUAUAUCUUCAGCUGAGAUAAGUGUUCUCAGAGAGUCUUUUACAUCCUUGGUUACGCGGCAAUCAACUCUCCACUUGACCACAUCCUUGUUUGGGAACUCGUCCUUCUUUGAGGUUCUAAAGUUCCCUGGAGGAAUUACAAUUAUCCCUCCACAAAAUGCUUUUCUCCUGCAAAAAGUCCAGUCUCUUUUUAAUUUCAGUUUAAAUGUCGCGAUCGAUCAAGUACAAGACAAGCUCAGUGAACUGAAGGACCAGAUGAAAUCAGGGCUGCUGCUCCAUUCUUUCGAGAAUCUGUAUGUUAGUUUGACAAAUUUAGAGGGUUCGACAGUGGCUCCUCCAACAAUUGUUGACACCUUCAUUGUGCUUAAAGUUGGGAAUAAUCAACCCUCAUUGCGAAGGUUGAAACAGUUGGCUAAGACCAUCUCUAAUUCUUCUGCAGGCAAUCUUGGUCUCAACCACACUGUAUUUGGUAGAGUAAAGCAGGUCCAACUUUCCUCAUUUUUUCAACAUUCUUUGAAUAGCGGAGGCAGCAGUUCGCCUAGUCCAACUCCUCAACCCCGGCCAGACCAUCACCACCACCAUCACAGUUAUCCAGACAUUCAUCGGGCUCCUGCUGCUCCUCCUCAACGCAGUUACGAAACUCCUGCUCCCUCUCAUUGCCGAUUUGGUUAUUCUAACAAGCCCAAGGGCAAAGCUUAUUUUCUAGUUCCAGAUGCUGCACCUGCCGCUGCUCCACAGCAUUCUGCUGCAGCUGUGGCCUCUCCAGAGCAUUCAGCUGCACCAGAGUCUGGCACACAGCAUUCUGCUGCACCUGAGCCUGUACCACAGCAUUCUAUUGCUCCACCAGUGCCUGCUGUAUACUUUGCUCAUGUACAACCUCCAAAUGAGAGUGUAACAGAUGUCAAACCUCCUGACAGAAAGCCAUCAAUUUCACCUGUGCCACAUUCAUCUUCUGCUUCAGGCCUGUCUUCUAUCCAUUGGGUCCUUGCACUACUGUUCUAUUUGUUGAUGCGUUUAUAACAAACAAAGGAAACAUUUUUUUUUUCUAGAACUAAAUUACUCAGGUUUGGAGAAGCGGGGCACACUCCUCUGCGGUGCUGCAUAAGAGAGACUGUAACUUUGCAUGUGGGUGCAACAAAAGUGUUGCAUUUUCAUUCAGGUGGAAAAUUUAAUGUAUGUAUAUAUUGAUAUUAAUGCAUCGCAAAUGUAUUUUCUGGUCAAAGCCACAGAAGUGGCAGGCCCUUGUUUAUGUGUUGUUUCUUUGUACUAUUUCAGAGAAAAUCAAGUUAAAGGAAUAUAUUUUGCCCCUAACGAGGGCAGGUGCUUGCUCCUGAAUGGGGAAGGAAUUCUGUUACAUGAAUUUUGAUCGGUUAUUUCUAUCCUCAUUUCUUU